ACUACCGUACCGUUAAAUGCGAAGUUCGACACCGUCAUCGUCGUCUUCUUCGUCUAGUUUGGACCCGGGAUCGAGAAAGACACCAGUGUCAACACCUUGAAUGGAAACACACAGUACAGGCUUCAUGCAACCAAUCAAAAUACUGUGGAUAUUUUUCGUGUGAAAUCCGAAAGAAAAGUAAUGCAAGAUGGAAGAACCUAGCAGCCCAAGAUCACAAGAACCGGACAGUCGUUGGACUUGUAAAAUAUGUACCCUGAUCAAUUCCGGUCAGGUCCACUCCUGUCAAGUCUGUGAAGCACUUCGUCCUGAGGAUGAACCGGUCGUGGUGGAUCUGACAAAACAGGACGGUGAUCCUGGCCUUGGGCAACCAUCGCCUGCAAGGGAUGUACCUGCAAUGUUCAGAGCUGCAAAGAACUAUAUUUCAGACCAGAUAAUUCCCGGAAUAAUCAAUUCUUUCAGCCCACCAUCGAGCCCUCGUUCUCCGUCAGAGUUGGGGAAAUCCCGUGACACGUUGCCUAUAUCUCCAAGAAAAGGCAAAGGGAUCAAGGUGGAGCUGAAGACUUCAACAGCAUCUUCAACUAAGGACUGGCAUUGUCAACGCUGUACAUUUACAAAUGAAGAAACAGCUGUAUUUUGUGGCAUGUGUGGUAGCAGGCGCUUGCCAUUUGUUCCGACUGAGAUACCUGACCAUCUUGUUUCUCCCGCCCCUAUCGCUGCCACUGCAUUUCCUUUCCCUGAACAACCUUCUGAGCUCGAAAAGAAACCCAUCCCUGGUUUGAAUCAUCAGAGUGACAUCCGGGGAGCAUCGGGAGGGGCUUCACCAGAAUCACCCUUCUAUGCUUCAUCAUCAUCCUCAUCUCCUGUGUGCACUCCGGAGGGAUUGGAUGAAAAUAUCAUUGACUUGACUGAAGAUGACAUGGAACCAUCGUCCCCGGGGACUGUUGCAGGCGAUGACACCAAGAAGUACCAGCACAGGACGGCAGUUCGACGGAAAGGUUGGUCGUGUCAGCAGUGUACCUUGAACAACGAAGAAAACUGCAAGGAGUGCAAAGCAUGUGGAUGCAGAAAGUCCAUUCAGGAGGAAGUCAAUGGCAGCAUGUUUCAGCCAAAGGAAAACGAGUGGGCGUGUCAUGUCUGUACUUACAUCAACUUGGACGAGAUGGUUCAGUGUUGCAUGUGUGAAACCCAGCGGCCUUCUGUCAGUGGGGCCGUAGGAGGUGCCGUGUGGAGUUGUUCUGUCUGUAAGUCCAUGAACCCUGAUGAUGCAGCGAGUUGUCAGAAAUGCAGCAAUGAACCCUUCGUGGAUGGGGAGACCACUGUUCAGCGUAGAGCCUUUAAGAGACAGAAGAGUGUCAUGACGGAAUCGAAGAGGAAGCAAGAUGUGGCAGCAGCUCUGGAGAGGCUUAAUACCAUCAGACAGUCCUGUAAAAUGCUUAAAACAGAGUUUAUUGAUGACAGUUUUCCACCCAAUGUAGACUCCUUGUUUUUCAAGUCGUCUCCUUCCGGGAAGCAGCCCAAAGAUUUUCUGUGGCUACGUCCCUCUGCGGUUCAACUCAAAGCUAGAGAUGAUAGCCCUCUUUCCUGGGAGGUGUUUAGGAAUCCUAAACCGAGUGACAUAUCGCAGGGAUUGCUCGGAAAUUGCUGGUUCCUAAGUGCCCUAUCUGUUCUUGCGGAGCGAGCAGAUCUACUGAAGCGUAUCAUGAUAACCCAUGAGGUGAACCAAGAAGGGGCUUACCAAGUUCGGUUGUGCCGAGAUGGCAUCUGGGACAUGGUCCUUGUAGAUGAUCUCUUGCCUUGUCAGGAACAAGGUUUCUUGGUGUACUCUAAGGCAAAGAGGAAGCAGCUAUGGGUGCCAUUGAUAGAGAAAGCCUUGGCCAAGAUGAGUGGUUGUUACGAAGCAUUGACUGCGGGAAGAUGCAUCGAGGGCCUGGCUACUCUGACAGGUGCACCAUGUGAGAGUGUGCAGUUACACCCAACUGGGAAAGGUCGGAAGCCAGCAGAUCCUAACCUGGUAUGGGCGAAGCUGUUGAGUGCCAAAGAAGCUGGUUACCUAAUGGGAGCAUCUUGUGGUAGUGGUAAUAUGAAGAUUAACCCACAACUUUACCAAGAUGUGGGACUAAGACCAAGACACUCAUACUCUGUGCUCGAUAUCCAGGACAUUUGUAACAACAGAUUGAUUCAGCUGCGGAAUCCAUGGGGUCAUUUCUCCUGGAAUGGGGCUUGGUCAGAUGGCUCUGCUUUGUGGACUGACGUCAUGAAGGAGGCCCUCAUGGUCCAUGGUGCGAGUGAGGGAAUCUUCUGGAUGUCGCUUGAUGACAUGAUAAAGUACUUCGACUGCAUCGACAUCUGUAAAGUUCGACCAGAGUGGUCUGAAAACAGACUAGAAGGGACUUUCCCUCCCUCCUCAGCCAUGCCUAUGAAGGUCACCAUACUCAAGGUCACCGAAGCCACGGAAGUAGAUUUCACUAUCUACCAGACAUGGAGGAGGCUGGAGAAAGCAUCUAGAAACCCACUUGACCUGACCUUGAUAGUCAUGCGUUCCAUGGGCAUGACGACCAGAAAUAUGUCAAAGGUCAUGACCUUCUGUAAGCGUCAACUGAGAGCGUUUGUAGGUUGCAGUGCUUUUUUGGACCCGGGGAUCUAUGUGAUUGUACCUCUUGCUUUCAACCAUUGGAAAACGGGACAGCCAACCGGAGGUCCAUCUAAACCAGCGGUCAACAACGGCAAUGCACACAACUACACGCUAGCGAUACACAGUGCAAAGCCCAUAGAAGCAAGGCAGAUGACGGGUUCUAGUAGCUGUUUGGCUGAUUCUGUGAUACAACUCGCAAUUCAGAAAGGCAAGAGACACGAGGGUCGAGAAGGGGUAACAUGUUACUACCUAGACCAUGGCUGGGCGGGGAUAUUCAUCGUGAUUGAGAAUCGUCGGCCCGACUCAAACCUCCACAUCAAAUGCGACUGCAAUGGAAGCUUCAAUGUGACCUCGACAAGAGGGGAUCUGGUCACAGUGGACUGCGUACCAAAACUGCACAGGCAAGUGUUAACGGUUUUAACUCAAGUAGUUGAUUCAACUUACACGAUAUGUCAUCACAUCACCCAUCGUCUCUCGGCUAGCAAAGACCUCCAUCCCUGGGCGCCGUCUGGGCUCGUCAACUCGCCAAUCCUGACUAAUGACAUCUCUGGUUUGCACAGUCCUAGACCAAUAUGAACUUGCAUGUCUGUCUCAAUUCGUGGCUCUGUCACAUCGUUCCGCGCAACUCAUCUGCAACAAGGUCUUGAGCAUUUUCAAAGCUUUUCUGCAUGCAAAUCAGUCUUGCGUGCACUUCUGCAGGCAACUGCGUGUGGGAUACGUGCGAGAUACUGUCAAUGCGGGCGGCCUGUUGGCGACUUGCGGGUAGCAAAAUGGUUACCAGCAAGCCACAUGGAAGGCUUGCAUGGAACGAUGUGACAGGGCCUAUUAUAGUCUUUAUGCUUUUGGCAUUGUCCAGCCGUCAAAACAUAUCUCUGUAGAGAUUACAGACUACUACUACUAUGUGAAGACUGCUUCUACUUAGUUUAGUUUAUUUCACAAAUGAGAAUGUCCUGUAUAACCUUGAUUUUCUAGUCGUCGAAAAUCUAGGAUGACAUGCGCUUAGUAACCAUUUGAUUAUUGAAUUCUGCAUUGUCAAUAGGGGAGAUAAUGGGAUCGUCUCUGUAUGUUCCCAGUAGAAAACGGAUUAACGCAUUUGAUGGCAUCUUGCGCCGACUUUCUGAGGACAUACGUGCUGACAGCAGUGUGCAGAUUGCCGUCUGCAUUCAACAGGGUAACACAUCAUGCUGCAGUAUUCGAUAUUAGAUCUAGCAUUUUGCUAAGAGGGGAGUUGGACCAGUUGGUCUGACCCAAUGACCAUGAGCUGCGGUGUACUGCUUUCUACCCCAGUUCCCUUCUGUAGAUCCGCCACUGAAUAUGCCUGCGCGACCUUCAUAAGCAGGUAAGGGGGUAAUGGAGUUUGAUCCCCCCUCUUUUCUCUUAAUAGGUUUGUUUUGUUUUUAGAAAGCCAAAGGUUCAAGGGGUUCAAACCUCUAAAUCCCCCUCUAGAUCUGCCAUUGUGUGAGAUCAACGACCGCCAGUCUUGACCACUCAUUCUAGUAAAUAAAAAAUCCUGAUAUCAACGAGUGUCGUGUCUGCUACAUGCCAUGGAUACAUCAGCUGUUUCACUGUCAAAUAUUGGAAAAAAUACAAUAUAGUCAAACGUGUGUUAGUGGCCACAUUUCUAUAGCAGCCACCUGCCUAUAGUGACCACUAAAAUCUGAUUUCCAUGGAGGCAGGUUUGUGUGUAUAAGAGCCUGUCUAUAGCAGCCACCUGCCUAUAGUGACAACUAAAACCGAUUACCAUGGAGGCAGAUUGUGUGUAUAAGAGCCUGUCUAUAGCAGCCACCUGCCUAUAGUGACAACUAAAACUAAUUCCCAAGGAGGCAGUUUGUGUGUAUAAGAACCUGUCUAGAGCAGCCACCUGUAUAUAAAGGACACAUGCUGCGUUUCCCUUCGAGGUGGUCACUGUAGACAGGUUUCUUUGUGUGUAGUUGGGCAUUUCAAUAACGUAACCCGUUUGGCCGACUGGUUGAUCAACCCCCACUUUUCUCCUUCACAUGCUGCUCAAGCCAUAAUGAUCUGAUAGCUUUAGAAUUUUUCAUAUGAACUGAAACAAAAUACCCAAAUCAUUUCCAAAAGGUCCUACAUGUAUAGACGGUCGGGUGUGCAUACUUCAUGGAAUGAUCCAGUUUAUCCAGAAGUAGAUUAAGUUGCAAUAGAACGACCAGUGCCUCCAUGAGUAUUGAUUAGCAAAAGCAAUACACUAUGCAUAAUAAUAAUAAUCUGCUUUUAUAUAGCUCUUAAAUGCAUCGGCACGACGUGUCUAAGCGCUUUACAGAUAUAUUAUUACCCCGGACAUCGGAUUCAAUCAGUCAUUCCCACACACAAUGUGUGCACAUCCUCCACUCCCUGGGGAGUAUUCCAGUCAGUCGCCGGUGAGGCGCACACAGUACUGGACAAGCUACAAUGACUUUCACAUCCUACCGGGUACCCAUUUAGCUCCUGGGUGGAGAGUUGCAAAGUGUGGAUUAACGCCUUGCCAAAGGACGCCAGACCGCGGUGGGAUUCGAACACACGACCCUCUGUUUACAAGGCGAGAGUCAGAACCACUACACCACGGCUCCUCCACAUGAUAUAGUUUAGCAUGAAGUUUACACAUGAUCUUGUAAAAAAAUGUGUAUUCAAAACAAUGGUGUACAUUUUCAUUUGAUUCUACAUGUACAUAUUGGAAAGUAAAGAGAAUCAGGUAAAUAUAUAUUUAUAUACCGGUAGAUGUUUCGAUGUUUUUGGAAAAUGAACAGGUACAUGUAUGUAUUUUCCAGGUUUAUCUAAACUUUCUACCCAAUUUCACGCAUUUACAUUUAUGUACUGUACAUAAAUCCCAAUAUAUACUGUAUAUGAUGUUUUUACACAUACCAGUCUGUGUAUUCAUAUUUAUAAUAGAUAAAUAUUUUGAGAGAUUCUGUCUCUAAAAUGUUUAGAGCUUGCAAGAAUAUAUUGUACAAUUGGAAUAUCUUAUAAGGGGAUGUAUACAUAUAUUUGAGUCGGAGGUUAUAUAGUAGGAAUUUAUUUGUAAAACUCCUUUGAGUACUGGUAUACAAUAUUCAGAUAUAGGUGCAAUCGAGUGUAACUAGAAAAUCUUUUUAGGUAAAAAAACACAACUCUGUCUUGACUUUCAACAUUUUUUAUUGCAUAUUUCUAAAUCAUAUCUUUUGUCACAGUUUUUUUUAAAUCUCAAUUUUUCCUGUGAAUGUGCAGUAUAUCCAGUACUAGUUAUAUGCAUUCAUUUGCUGAUUGUCACAACUCGCGGCAAGUCUAUUCAUUUAUUACCAUUUUUUAUAGUAGAAGUAGAUCAUUAUAGUGACUGAAAAAUGAAUAUAUUCUAUAUAUGUAUGAGAAAUGCAUUGUGUGAUUGACUGAUUGUUGUGAGGAAAGUGAUGGCUUGACCCUGUCUAUAUACCAAAAUUCAUCAGAAAGGAAAGAUGUAUAUACUGAGUCGAAUGGCCCUGGAUUUAAAUCAGUUAACUUUAACUUUGGUAUGUGGAAGCCAGCAAAGCUUUAGUUCUCGGAUAUUUUAUCUCGCCAUGUCAACGUAACAACCUUAUUGUGUCGAGAUGGUGAGAUAUGUUGUCAUGCCAAGUUGACUUAUGGCCCUGGAUUUAAAUGGAUUUGAAUCAGUUAACUUUAACUUUGGUAUGUGGAAGCCAGCAAAGCUUUAGUUCUCGGAUAUUUUAUCUCGCCAUGUCAACGUAACAACCUUAUUGUGUCGAGAUGGUGAGAUAUGUUGUCAUGCCAAGUUGACUUAUGAACAGUUACACUGGUACAUUGUCAGGGCAAGGUCAUAGCUCACCAUGAUGAUAUAACUUAUAAAUGGACUUGGCAAGAUCAUCAUCUCGUCUUCUCAUCAAGUAGUAUGCCCUUGCAAUUUAUGUAAGAAGGGGCCAAUAAUUUGCAAAACAGAAAUAUUACAUAUUUUUAAUAAAUAGCUAGUAUGUUUAAUUUUGUACAUGCAGGUGCUUCAUGAGCUUUCAGCUUGAUUGUGUGAUGUGAGCGGAAUGUAGUAGCAGUAUUAUUUUUGUUACAGUAGUAAGUAAUAGUUUGUAAUAUUUGUUCGGUUGCCCAGUUAUGUUACAUCUCGGCCCGUUAGCUCGUAUAAAGUAAUUGUAUAUGAUUGUUCUAUGCAUAUGGUUCAAAUGAUUGUUCAUUUUUUUUUGCAUUUGUUCAUGGUCAUCUAGGCUUAUGUUUUAUUAUGUUUAUACAGUUGGUGGGAUAGUUAUACAGUGCUUUCCAGAAAAAAAGAAACCAGGAUUUCCAUGUCUUUUUUUCUCCAAAGGAAAAUGAAUUAUGAUAUGUCAUUUACAUCAUACAAUUCAAUUAUUUCUCUAUAUUUUGAUACCUAAUAUGAUAUGAACACUUCUUGCAUUAGUAAGCAAGACUAGUUUGAAAUUAUAUUGUCAAAAUCAGGUUGCAAAGAAAAAUUUGACAAGAUUGGUUCGUGAUACGAUGACCAUGCUUAUUUAACGAUUGGCUCAUUAGCAUUUAUUUUGUAUUCUUAAGUUUUUCUCAGUGAUCCCUAAAAUGAUAGUGGAUUCAUAUUCUCACGUGAGUUUCUGCGCAAAUCAUUUCUGAUAUAAUGCCUCAGUAUUUAUUGAUCGUAAUCUGUGCCAUGCGUGAAGGAUUUGCUUAGCUGUUGGUCUCAAAUUAUAGACGAGAUUCCACUCUUACCAUAAGUAUCAAAUUUAUAGUAAACACAUAUUUAGUCAUUGUGAACUCUAUCUCUGAAAACCGGUUUCCUUUUUUUUUUGAUGCACUGUACAAGGUAUGUCUUAGAUUUCAAUUUUUGUUGACCCAUACAUGUAUGUGUGCUCCUUGUAUACACCAAGCUAAGAAAAAAUUGUAUUUUUUUCCAUGUAGGUUUUUUAUGCCACCAUCUUAUGUACAUCUGCCCUGAAACCUAUGCAAAUAAUGCAAUUGGUAUUUAGUUGCCAAUAAAUUGGAGAAAGGUUUUACAAUUCAAUAGUUAUAAAAAAUCAGUGCGAGCUUUCAUGUUUGAUACACUAAGGAAAACAAAUAUGGCAUGUAAAUAUUUAUUCAGUUUGGGGAUUUUACAUUGAAAUUUGAAAUGUCACGUAAAUAACGAACAAGUUCAGAACAAUCUUCAUUGUUUAUACUCAGUAAAAAUGUCAGAAUUAUGAUCAUAUUUGCUUCAUAGUGCUGUAUAUCUUGGCUAUUUAAGUUGAUAGCUAUUUCAUGUUAUAUACAGUGGUGCCAGAAAGUUAGUGAACCCCGUCACAAUAUGCACUCAUUCACGCUGAGUGUGAAAUGUAGACAACAAACAACACUACAAUGUCGGACGAGCCUUUCUUGAAUGGAAUAUUUUAUCACCCGACUUCACGUUUAAAAAUCUAUAACAUGGCAGAACUGAUGGGGUUCACUUACUUUUUAGCACCACGUUACAGGUACAUGUAUUCAAAACUACUUUGGAGUGUAGCUCAGAACAGUGGUAUUAUUAUUGACAAGAAAAACAACUUCCGUCUUUUUAUCUAUAACAUUAUGAAAGUGCAAGACAGGCCACAGUUCUUUUAAAGUUAGUUUUCAAUGUCAGACGGCUGCAUUGUGAUGGAACAGUCUAUGUACUUACAUGCAAAUACUUUUUUUUUAUUACAAGCAGUGAAGGUCAUUCAUCUUUGCUCACUACUCGUCCUGAAGCUCGGUUUUAUGUUUUUGUGUGCUUGCUUGAACAUGUCAUGUGCAAGAACUCUGUAACAGAUCAAACACAUUCACACUGCAUUCAUAGGAAUUAAAAUAAUAAUGGUGAUAAAAACCUCAAGUUCUCAGAGAUGCAUCAUACCAUAUAAUCAUUAUGUCUUUGGGAGAAGUGAGUUCUUAUACGACAGCAAAUAUUUUAAUAUCUAUAAAGGUAUAUGUUUAAAGUAGAUUUAUAUGUGCAAUUUAUCUGCUUUCUCGCGGCUCGUCGAUGUCAUUUAUUUUCGUACCAAAGAAUUCCCUCCGACUGUACAUGUAGAUAUUGCAUAUUUUUGUAUGAUUUGAUAGCAAAUGGUGGUAUGGUCCUUCACUUUUUGUACUCAGAAAGAAUAAAUAUGUUGUUGGCAAUGAAACUUA